AUGGGGUUGGAUGAUAUUAUGAUUAAUGUGGAUGUGCAGGUGCUGCUUGGGGUGCUGGGCAGUGUGCCUCUGGUGUCACUUGUUGUGCUUCUCCGUCCUUUUGGUUGUGGUCAUUGGCUUGAGUUAGGUGCUUCUAUGCUGUCAGUCUGCUGCUAUGUGGUUGUGUGCUAUGGUGCAAGUGCUUUGAUGUGGUUUAGGGGUCAUGCUGGAUUGGGAGGUGUUAUCGAUGUUGUGGAGGUGCAUGUGCUGCUUGGUGUUCUGGGCAGUUUUAAACGGCUUUCUAGGUUCAGUAUCAGUUUGGAUGCAGUGUGUGAUGUGCUUCUAGGCUGCUGGUUCUGGCUUGGUGUUGCAUUGUUCUGUUUUGACUGGAAUGGUGUUGUAUUGUUCUGUUAUGCUACAGGGCUUCUUUUUCUCCUUUGUGUUGUGUUGUGCACUGUUUACAUGACUGUUCACGUGAACAGUCUGCCUGCUGAUGUUAAUGGAUUUUCAACGACUCUCCUCAGCUGCUGGCUCUUAGCUACUGCUUCCCUGCUGGACUUCAGCUUUAUCUCAUGGUUUUUGGUGCUUUCAGCUGGUCCUGCUUGCUGUCUUUGUUGGACAGUCACUGCAAUGUUCAUUUAUGGUGCCCGAAUCAGCCCAGCAAAUGAAUUGGAACUUUUACGUUAUUGUUUUGGUGAGUGA